AUGGCCCUCUACGGAAGCUCGCGCAACGUUGACAUGGGCAAGCAGGAGUCGGAGCUUGCCAUCAACAUUCGUAAAGCGACCAGCAUUGAUGAGGUCUCGCCCAAGCGGAAACACGUACGAGCAUGUAUUGUGUACACUUGGGACCACAAGAGUUCGGCCUCUUUCUGGCAGGGCAUGAAAGUGCAGCCAAUUCUUGCAGACGAGGUGCAGACUUUCAAGGCGCUCAUUACCGUCCACAAGGUCCUUCAAGAAGGCCACCCCAUCGCUCUUAAGGAGGCACAAUCAAACACUAGCUGGCUCGAAAGCUUGUCACGGGGCUCUGUAGCCGGCGAAGGCAUGCGAGGAUAUGCGCCGCUUAUCUCCGAGUACAUUUACUAUCUCCUGGCUAAGCUUGCCUUCCACAGACAGCACCCGGAAUUCAACGGAACAUUCGAAUAUGAGGAGUACAUCAGUCUGAAGUCGAUCAACGACCCGAACGAGGGAUACGAGACCAUCUCGGACUUGAUGACACUGCAGGAUCAAAUUGACGCCUUCCAAAAGCUCAUCUUCUCCCACUUCAGGAGCGGCGCGAACAACGAAUGCAGAAUAGCAGCCUUGGUUCCAUUGGUCCAGGAAAGCUAUGGUAUUUACAAGUUCAUUACCAGCAUGCUGCGCGCAAUGCAUACCACCCUUGGCGACGAUGAGGCGCUUUCUCCUCUGCGCGGCCGAUACGAUGCGCAGCACUACCGCCUUGUCAAGUUCUACUACGAAUGCUCCAACCUACGAUACUUAACGAGCCUGAUCACAGUGCCAAAGCUACCACAAGAGCCACCGAACCUGCUGUCCGAAGACGAAAAUGCGCCAGCCUUGCCCGCGCGACCACGAAAUGAGAAGCCGGCCGAACGCACUCCUGCUGUUGACCCAGAGCCCAUCAACGAGUUUUGGAAAGACAACCAGAGAAGACAACAAGAGGAAUACGAGGCAGAGCAGCAGAGGCUACAGCGACAAUGGGAGGAGGCCCAGCAGCAACAGCAACAGCAAGCGCUGCAGGCACAACGCGACUUCGAGGAGCAACAAAGGCUUCAGGCUGAGCAAGCUCGUUUGGCGCAAGAGCAACUCAUGCGCGAGCAGUAUCAGCAACAAACGCAGGGUCGCCUUGCCGAACUUGAACGGGAGAAUUUGAAUGCGCGUGCACAGUACGAACGCGAUCAGCUAAUGCUACAACAGUACGAUCAAAGGAUGAAGGCUUUGGAGGGAGAGAUCAACCAGAUGAACCAAAACUUCCAGCAACAGAUGGGCUCACGAGACGAUCAAAUACGCGCGCUUCAGGAACAGCUCAACACCUGGAGGUCCAAGUACGAAUCGCUCGCCAAGCUAUAUUCUCAACUGCGACAUGAGCACCUUCAGCUGCUACAGAAGUUCAAGGCUGUACAACUCAAGGCGAACUCUGCCCAGGAAGCCAUCGACAGCCGCGAUAAGCUCCAACGAGAGCUGAAGACCAAGAACAUCGAGUUGGCCGACAUGAUCCGCGAACGUGACCGCGCACUCAUGGACAAGGACCGACACACUGGUGGCCAUCGUGAAGAGAUUGAGAAGCUGAAGCGCGAGCUUCGCUCUGCCCUGGAUAGAGCCGACAACGCCGAGCGUGGCAAGGGUUCAGAACUGUCGGCGCUGCUGUCAAGACAUAACCGUGAGAUUGCAGAUCUCGAAGAGGCCUUGCGAAACAAGAGCCGCGCACUGGAGGACUUCCAGAUGAAGUACCGUGAAGGGGACUCCGACCUUGAGCGUCAACUACGCGACAAGGAGGAAGAGCUUGAGAUCUUCCGCGCCGGCAUGGACCAGACGCUGCUGGAAUUGAACGAGCUCAAGCUUAAUGCCAAUGCCAACGACAACGUCCUGGAUGGCCAUCUGGACACUCUCAUUCAAGACAGCCUUCAGAAGAUUAACGACAUAAUUGAUUCGGUCCUACAAAGUGGCGUACAGCGUGUCGAUGAUGCUUUGUACGAAUUAGACUCUCCCAUGCAAGCUGGUAACCAGAAUGCCACAGGUCCCUUCGUACUGUCGCAGAUCGAAAAGGCAUCAGCAUGCGCUAUGGAGUUUUCCACGGCCUUUAAUAACUUCAUUGCUGACGGACCAAACGCCAAGCAUGCUGAAGUGAUCAAUGCCGUCAAUAACUUUGGUGGCGCUAUCGUCGAUGUUUUGGUCAACACCAAGGGAUUGACACGUUUUGCUUCGGAUGAGAACAAAUCGGAUCAGCUCAUCAACGGUGCGAGAGCUUCGGCAACGUCCACCAUCAGGUUCUUCCGUAACGUUCAGUCAGUGCGCAUGUACGAUCUGGACGCUGAGCAGAAGAUCGGUGUUGUCAUCAACAAUAGUACUGAGGUGGUGCGCAACCUGCAGAGUCUAUCCAAGCUUGCGGACGCGUUUGCGCCCAAGAGCAAGAUCACCAAUGCAUCUGGUGAUCUUGGUGACCUGGUUGAUAGCGAGUUGACCAAGGCCGCCAACGCUAUUGAUGCGGCUACAGAACGUCUAUCCAAGCUGAUGAAGAAGCCCAGAGACCAAUAUUCGACCUACGAGCUGCAAAUCCACGACUCUAUUCUCGAAGCCGCCAUCGCGGUCACAAACGCCAUCGCGAACCUCAUCAAGGCCGCUACCGUCUCGCAACAAGAAAUUGUCCGUGAAGGCCGAGGAAGCAUGUCCAAGACGCAAUUCUACAAGAAACACAACCGCUGGACCGAAGGGCUCAUCAGUGCCGCCAAAGCUGUUGCUACAUCAACCAACAUGCUCAUUGAGACGGCCGAUGGCGUCAUCUCGGGUCGCAACUCGCCCGAGCAGCUCAUUGUCGCUUCCAACGACGUGGCUGCUUCGACGGCUCAGUUGGUGGCUGCCAGUCGUGUCAAGGCCAGCUUCAUGAGCAAGACGCAAGACAAGCUUGAGAGUGCGUCCAAGACCGUCACAGCGGCUUGCAGGUCGCUCGUCAGGCAAGUGCAGGCGAUUAUCGCACAGAAGAACCGUGACGAGGGUGAAUCUGUGGAUUACAGCAAGUUGGGCGACCAUGAGUUCAAGGUUCGCCAGAUGGAGCAGCAGGUCGAGAUCUUGCAGCUUGAGAACUCGCUUGCCCAGGCUAGGACUAGGUUGGGCGAGAUGCGCAAGCUUUCCUACUUGGAAGAGUAGAAACCUUUUUCGCAUCUUCAUCUCUUCAUAGCAUUAUUGUUUAUGGUACAUUGGGGCACAGCAGUCUGUUUUGUAUUGAUCGUUGGGACGCGCUUGGGGAGGAUUCGGACUCAUUGUAUUUGUCUAGCCAAUACUCCUACAUACGCAAUCAAUACCACGUGGUGU